CACCUCCCCACCCAGCGACAGUCAUCAGCACCACCACUCCACCCAUCGAAAGUCACAAGCCCCACCUCCCCACCAAGCACCUCCCAACCGAGCGACAAUCAGCAGAACAACCUCUCCACCCAGCGACAGUCACCAGUCCCAUCUCACCACCCAGCGACAGCCACCAGCACAACCUUCCCACACAGCACCUCCCCACCCAGCGACAGUCACUAGCCCCAUCUCCCCACCCAGCACCUCCCCACUCAGCGACAGUCGCCAGCCUAACCUCUCCACCUAGCGACAGUCGUCAGUCCCACCUCCCCACCCAGCGACAGUCACCUGCCCCACCUCACCACGCAGCGACAGUCACUAGCACCACCUCUCCACCAAGCGACAGUCAUCUGCACCACCUCCCCACUCAGCGAAAGUCACCAUCCCCACUUCCCCACCCAGCACCUCCCCACCCAGCGACAGUCAACAGCCCAACCUCUCCACCCAGCGACAGUCACCAGUCCCAUCUCACCACCCAGCGACAGCCACCAGCACAACCUUCCCACCCAGCGACAGUCAUCAGCCCCACAUUGCCACCUAGCACCUCCCUACCCAGCGACAGUCACCUGCCCCACCUCACCACCCAGCGACACCUCACCGCCCAGCGACAGUCACUAGCACCACCUCUCCACCCGGCGACACGACAGUCACCAGCACCACCUCCCCACCCAGUACCUCACCACCCAGCGACAGUCACCAGUCCCACAUCCCUACCUAGCGACAGUCACCAGCCCCACCUCCCCAACCAGCGAGAUUCAUCAGCCCACCUUCACACCCAGCGACAGUCAUCACCACCACCUCAACACCCAGCGACAGUCACUAGAACCACCUCACCACCCAGCGAAAGUCACCAGCACCACCUCUCCACCCAGCGACAGUCACUAGCACCCCCCUCCACCCAGCGAAAGUCACCAGCACCCCCCAUCCAGCGGAAGUCACCAGCACUACCUCUCCACCCAGCGACAUCAACCAGCACCACCUCACCACCCACCCCACCUCCCCACCCAGCACCUCCCAACCGAGCGACAGUCACCAGCACCAACCCCCCCCCUCGCACCCAGCGACAGGCAUCAGCACCACCUCCCCACCCAGCACCUCACCACCCAGCGACAAUCACCAGCCCCACAUCCCUACCCAGCGAUAGUCACCAGCCCCACCUCCCCAACCAGCGAGAUUCACCAGCCCCACCUUCACACCCAGCGACAGUCACCAGCACAACAAUCCCACCCAGCGACAGUCAUCAGCACCACCUCCCCACCCAGCGACAGUCACCAGCCCCACCUCUCCACUCAGCGAAAGUCACAAGUCCCACCUCACCACCCAUCGACAGCCACCAGCACCACCUUCCAGCUCAGCGACAGUCAUCAGUCCCACCUUCCCACCCAGCACCUCCCCACCCAGCGACAGUCACCAGCACUACCUCUCCACCAAGCGACAGUCACCAGCACUCCCCUCCAUCCAGCGAAAGUCACCAGCACCACCUCUCCACCCAGCGACAUUCACCAGCACCACCUCACCACCCAGUGAAAGUCACCAGCCACACCUCACCACCCAGCACCUCACCACCCAGCGACAUUCACAAGCCCCACAUCAUCAACCAGCGACAGUCACCAGUACCACCUCUCCACCUAGCAACAGUCACUAGCUCCAUCUCCCCACCCAGCACCUACCGACCCAACGACACACCUCCCCACCCAGCGACAGUCAUCAGCACCACCACUCCACCCAUCGAAAGUCACAAGCCCCACCUCCCCACCAAGCACCUCCCAACCGAGCGACAAUCAGCAGAACAACCUCUCCACCCAGCGACAGUCACCAGUCCCAUCUCACCACCCAGCGACAGCCACCAGCACAACCUUCCCACACAGCACCUCCCCACCCAGCGACAGUCACUAGCCCCAUCUCCCCACCCAGCACCUCCCCACUCAGCGACAGUCGCCAGCCUAACCUCUCCACCUAGCGACAGUCGUCAGUCCCACCUCCCCACCCAGCGACAGUCACCUGCCCCACCUCACCACGCAGCGACAGUCACUAGCACCACCUCUCCACCAAGCGACAGUCAUCUGCACCACCUCCCCACUCAGCGAAAGUCACCAUCCCCACUUCCCCACCCAGCACCUCCCCACCCAGCGACAGUCAACAGCCCAACCUCUCCACCCAGCGACAGUCACCAGUCCCAUCUCACCACCCAGCGACAGCCACCAGCACAACCUUCCCACCCAGCGACAGUCAUCAGCCCCACAUUGCCACCUAGCACCUCCCUACCCAGCGACAGUCACCUGCCCCACCUCACCACCCAGCGACACCUCACCGCCCAGCGACAGUCACUAGCACCACCUCUCCACCCGGCGACAGUCACCAGCACCACCUCUCCAGCCAGCUACAGACAUCAGCACCACCUCUCCACCUAG